AUGUCAAUCUUUUUGGUACUCUCAAACGGCCCUGGUCUUUAUGGGAUAGUGGCUGCCGUCCUCCUUGGAGUGUUGGUCAGUUACAUUGUUUACCAACGUUUCUUCCACCCGUUGGCUUCAUACCCUGGACCCUUCUUAGCCUCUAUCACGGAUCUUUGGCAGCCGUAUCAUCUUACGGAACUGCAUGCAAAGUAUGGGCAAUUCGUUCCUUAUGGGCCUGAUAAGCUGAGUAUCACCGCGGAGGAAGCAGUGCCGCUCAUUUAUCAAAGAGGAGGCAAGAAUAUGCCAAAGACCGAAUUCUAUGACGCUUAUGGGGCAAAGAUUCCCAACGUGUUCGGCAUGAGAGACGAAAAUAUGCACGCGAUUCGCAGACGCCAUAUGUCGCAUAGUUUCUCCAUGUCUUACAUCAAGGGUAUGGAGCAAUAUCUAGACGAGAACAUGGCUAUCCUCUGUGACAAGGUCGCUGGAUUCGCCAAGACUGGCGAGGCUUUUGACCUCAAGAAAGCGCUUCAUUACUAUGUCAUCGAUGUGCUAGGCGAUCUUGCUUUCGGCCAGUCAUUCGGUAUACAGAUCACAGACGACGAAUCACGGGUGCCGUCUGUUGUCGAGCACAAUCUUCUCAGCGCCGUCACAGGGGCCUGGCCAGCCAUGACUAGCACCCUGCGCAAAUGGCUACCCGUCGUCCCACACCCAGGUCUUAAGGUUCUCUUCGAGGGCCGUGCUGACUGCGCUGCCCUUGCCUCGCAGUGCGUCCAGAGACGGCUGAAGGACCUAGAGGGGGUGGCCGAGGAUGCUAAAGACCAGCGGAAGGACAUUCUGACCAAUCUGAUCCUGGCAACUCACCCAGACACGGGCGAGCGGCUGGCACAGCAUGAUUUGGAGGCAGAAGCAUUUGGAUUCAUUAUUGCUGGAACCCACACGACGAGCGCAAGCACGACACUGCUCUUCCACCACCUCUUACAUGCCCCAGACAUCAUGUCCAAAUGUGUCGCGGAAAUCGACCAGAAUCUUGGACCGCUUGCCGGAGAUUCCGUUUACUCGGUUACCGAGGCAGAGACAUCAUUACCUUUCGUCCGCCAAUGCGUAAGGGAGUAUUUCCGCCUAACACCCGUCUUCACCAUGCCGCUGGCUAGACGGGUCAUGGCUCCCGAGGGCAUUGUCAUUGCAGGGCACCAUAUCAAACAAGGCACCUCUGUGGCCAUCUGCAACCACUCUUUCCACCACAACCCUCUGAUCUGGGGAAAAGACCACAACGUCUUUAACCCGGAUAGGUGGGAGGUGCCCGAAACAGCACUGCGGGCUCGCUAUCUGAUGCACUUUGGCUUGGGCGGCCGUCAAUGCGCCGGGAAAACGGUGGCCCAGACGAAUAUAUACAAGCUGGUGAGCACGUUGCUCAGCAGGUUUGAUUUUCAAUUGGCGGAUUCUGAGGAGCGAGAGCGGGCAGCUAGGGGAGAAUUCGUUGGGAAGCUUCCGGCAAUGAUCAGUAUAGGAAUAAGCGAUCUGGAGCAUCCGCUGAUGGUCAAAGCUCGA